AUGGGGCGAGCAGCAUGCCAGACGGCGCUCACCUCCGACAAACCCCGCGAACUAUUGCGACGCGCAAUCGACGACGAGCGAUCCUUGACGCAGCCUCGACAAGCGCCUAGGCCGACAGGCGAGAUGACGGACACCCCCGAAAUUCGGAACCUCGCCGCGAACACCAUUCGCGCCCUCGCCAUCGACGCCGUUAACGCUGCGAACAGUGGCCACCCGGGCGCCCCAAUGGGCCUCGCGGACAUCGCGACGGUCCUGUGGGCGGACAUCCUUCGCUACGAUCCUGCGGCGCCGGACUGGGCGGAUCGAGAUCGCUUCGUCCUGUCGAACGGUCACGGUUCGAUGCUGCUGUACGCGAUGCUUCAUCUCAGCGGUUACGACCUCUCGAUCGACGACCUGAAGAACUUCCGUAAGCUGAAGUCGAAGACGCCCGGGCACCCGGAGUACGGCAUCACCGCCGGCGUCGAGACGACGACCGGCCCGCUCGGCCAAGGCUUCGCCAACGCGGUUGGUCUCGCCGUCGCCGAGCGCAUGGCGAAAGCGCGCUUCAACGGCCAAGGCUUCGACCCGAUCACGCACCGCAUCUACGGCAUCCUCGGGGACGGUUGCAUGAUGGAGGGCGUCACGAGUGAGGCGGCUUCGCUCGCCGGUCACCUCGGUCUGGGUGAACUCAUCUUCAUCUACGACGACAACCAGAUCUCGAUCGACGGCAGCACCGAGAUCACGUUCACCGAAGACGUUGAGAAGCGCUUCGAGGCCUACGGAUGGCACACGCUGCGCGUUGACGGUCACGACCAGCCGGCGCUCAAAGCGACGAUCGAAACCGCGCAGGGCGUGACGGAUCGCCCCACGCUAAUUCUGGCGAAGACGCACAUCGGAUUCGGCAGCCCGAACCGGCAAGACAAGGCGAAGGCCCACGGCGAGCCGCUCGGUGCCGACGAAGGCCAGCUCACCAAGGAGAACUUGGGCUACACCCAUGCGCCGUUUGAGGUCGACGAAAGCGUUCGCGCAUUCUUCGGUGCGGCCGCGAAACGCGGCGCACAAGCGCAUGCGGCGUGGAAGACUUCGGUCGCCGCGUGGCGUACCGCUAACGCGGACGCUGCGACCGCGUGGGACGCACACUUUGGCGGCGAGAAGAUCGCGAACCUCGACGAGGAGAUCGUCGAUGCCCUCGCGGACGCCAAGGGCGCGACGCGUAAGAUGAGUGGUGCGGCGAUCAAUGCGAUCGCGGCGCAUGUUCCGGGUCUUAUCGGCGGCAGCGCCGACCUCGCGGGCUCGAACAAGUCGACGAUCAACGGCGCAGGAUUCCUCUCCGGCGAGGACGCGAGCGGUCGCAACAUUCACUUCGGCAUUCGCGAACAUGCGAUGGCGUCGAUGGUGAACGGGAUGGCGCUUUACGGCGGCUUCGUGCCGUUCGGCGCGACGUUCCUGACGUUCUCGGACUACAUGCGUCCGGCGCUUCGACUCUCUGCGCUCAUGAAGAUUCGUGCGCUUCAGGUCUUUACGCACGAUUCGAUCGGACUCGGCGAAGACGGCCCGACGCACCAGGCGGUGGAACAGAUUUGGGCCCUGCGUCUGAUCCCCGGCCUCUACGUUUGGCGGCCCGCAGACGGUGUCGAGACGGCGAUGGCCUGGACGUACGCCGUGCAGGGCGGCGAGCCGGCGCCACACAGCUUGGUGUUCACGCGCCAGAGCGUGGCGCAGCUCGAACGUGGUGCUGACUUCAGCGCGUCGGACGUUCAUCGUGGUGGCUACGUCUUGGCCGACCGCCCGAACGCGACGGUCGCGAUCAUGGCGACCGGUAGCGAAGUUGGUCUCGCGGUCGACGCGGCCGCCAAGCUCGCCGAACGCGGGAUCAACGCGCGCGUCGUUUCGAUGCCGUGCCUGGACCUGUUCCUCGAGCAGGACGACGGCUACCGCGAGCAAGUGCUCCCGCGCGACAUGAAGAAGGCGUCCGUCGAGGCCGGCCGCUCCGGUCCCUGGGCGAUGGUCACGGGCAUCGACGGCCUCAACCUCGGUGUCGAUGCGUUCGGUGAGAGCGCGCCCCACGAGGACGUGUACGAGCACUUCGGUCUUACGCCGGAAGCCGUUGCGGAUCGCAUCGCGACCUGGGCGAGCUAG